GAUGUAAAAUUUAUAUUAAAUAUAAAUAAUAAUAUAUAUCACGUGACAAAUAUAAAUACUCGAUAGAACGAAUCAAAUAAAGCAGUUUACGCGGUAUAACCUAUUUCGUACAAAAUGUUUAUGAGCAAUUGUGUAUGUAGAGUAUAUUUAAAGUAUUUAUUCAUCAGCAAAAUUUAAAUAUAAUAUUUAAAAUAAGGAAAUGUCGUGAUUUGCUUGAAAAAAUUACUGCAUUUAAAUUUUUCUUUGACAUGAGUGGCAUAGAAGUAAAAUAUAAGUUCGUACAAGAAAUUGAUUGCAAACAAGGUGCAGUAAGGUCAGUUCGUUUCAGUGUUGAUGGAGAAUAUUGUGUGACGUGUGGAUCAGAUAGGAAAAUAAAGUUAUGGAAUCCUUACAAGGCUACAACAUUAAAAGUCUAUGGUGGACAUGGAGACGAAGUUAUGGAUGCUUGUGCAUCUUGCGAUAGCAGUCAGAUAGUAUCUUGCGGUUUAGAUAAAUCUUUGAUUUUAUGGGAUGUAAGUACUGGAACUCCUACUCGACGUUUAAGAGGACAUGCAGGUCCUGUAACAACUGUGAGAUAUAAUGAAGAAUCAACAAUGGUUGUUUCUGGAUCUCGAGACAAUACCGUUAUGUGUUGGGAUGUAAGGUCUAAAUCGAUAGAUCCUGUACAAUGUUUGAAUGAUGCCAAAGAUUCAAUUUCUAGCGUUAGAACUUCUGAUCAUGAAAUUUUAUCUGCUUCAUUUGAUGGAAAGAUAAGAAGAUAUGAUAUUCGUGUUGGUCAAAUGUAUUCGGAUUACAUGAAAGACGCAGUGACAUGUGCUAGUUUUACAAGGGACGGACAGUGUAUUGUUGUUAGUUGUGCAAACGAUGUAGUACGUUUAAUUGAUAAAGAUACCGGAGAAUUACUUGGGAAAUUUAUUGGACAUACGGCUAAAGAUUUGUGUUUAGAAUCAAGUGUAAAUGCUCAAGAUACCCAGAUUCUUUCUGGUUCCGAAGAUGGUAAAUUAUGGGUAUGGGAUUUGGCAACACAGGAAGUUGUCGCUAAACUUUCUGGAUACAGGCCGUCAAAAUAUCCUACCUUAUCUAUAAACGUUCAUCCAACGAAGAACUGUUUUUUGGCUGCGAAUGGUUACAGCAUAUUAAUGUGGAGUGCAGAAUCUACUACUAAAGUUGAUUAAGAUAUAAGUAAAUAAAAUUGAUAUAUAAUGUAUGAAUUAUUUUUAUUUAUUUUUAAUAUUUUGUAUAUACAAGAA